AUGUCCUGGACAGACCAGUUCACGGGCCCCACCACCGCCGGGGCCACCAACGGGACCCCUAAAUGUGAAAAUUGUUACGAGCAAAAUGGUGGAUACAAAUUCCAACAUAGCACAAUGAAUGUAGUUUUUAUUGUUGUGAAUGUAACAAAUCUGUUGAUGCAUGAUUUUAGUUUAUUAUUCCAUCCCUUAUUUCCGCUAUUGGCACUCAUAUUUGAGAAAUGCGAACUGGCCACCUGUACACCUCGGGACGAAUCGUCCAGAACCAGCGGAGACAUAUGUUCUUCAGACUCAUUCCAAGAAGACAUAAGCAUAUUCACCAAAGAGGUAAGUGAAUUACACAAAUCGGUCAUUUUGAUAGGCUACAAAAGUCAUAGUAUAAAUAGGUCUAAUCGUAACUCAUUAGACAACUCCAUAGGGACGAACUCUUUCGUUAUACACAAAAUUACAAAAUGCACGAUAGUGAUAACUCAUCACACUUGUUCUAGUCAUGCCUUAUCACGUUCGACAGGAGGUUUACCAACUUGUUACUCCCCUCCUCUCCAUCCCUUAAUGGAAGACUAA